CAUUUUUUAAAAACACUCGAGUCUGCUCGCUGGUGUUUGUUUGCUAGUCGACUGUUUAAGACCCCGUUUAACACAAUCUGAAAUGGAUUCGAGCAGCACAAAGUUACCGGACGCCUUUAAAACCCCCUGCAAACCAGCCGAGCUCAAGAGUCCAGGUAGCAUGUGUGGGACGCCAGUAACUAUCCCGGCCUCUCCGUUCAUGAAGAAGCUCGGCUGUGGCACCGGUGUUAAUGUCUAUCUCAUGAACAGGAACGGAAAGCAAACUCACUCACCGUGGGCCAUAAAAAAGAUCAACAGCAAGUGCGCAAAGACACAGAAGAACGUCUACCAGAAGCGACUGUGUGAUGAGGCGAAGAUUUUAAAGGAACUGCAGCACCCCAACAUUGUUGGCUUCAGAGCAUUCACGACAGCAAAAGAUGGCUCUAAAUGUUUGGCUAUGGAGUACGGAGGAGAGCAGUCUCUCAACGACCUGAUAGAGAAGAGGAGAGAGGAGGGAUUGCAGGCGUUCCCAGUUGCUACUAUUGAAAAAGUGGCCCUUCAUGUAGCCCGUGGCCUACAGUAUCUGCACAAUGAGAAAAAGCUCCUACAUGGAGAUAUGAAAUCUUGCAACGUCGUCAUUAAAGGUGAAUUCGAUAUGAUCAAAAUCUGUGACGUCGGUGUGUCUCUUAGGCUGGAUGAGAAUAUGCAGGUGAGCAAUCCGAAGGCCUCAUACAUUGGCACAGAGCCGUGGAAACCCAAAGAGGCUCUGGAGGACGGCAUCGUUACCGAUAAAGCCGAUAUCUUUGCGUAUGGACUCACGCUGUGGGAGAUGAUGACUCUAUCUGUGCCACACUUGGAGCUGCUGGACACUGAGGGUGACGAUGAUGAUGAUGACUCUUUCGACGAGGACGACUUUGAUGAAGACGCGUAUUACGAGAGGCUGGGAACUCGACCCCCGCUGGACGCAGCCACUCUCGGAAGUUCCUACCAGCAGAUGGUGGAGCUGUUCUGUCUCUGCACUGAGGAGGAUUUCAGCAAAAGACCUUCAGCCGCACAUAUCGUACAAGCUCUGGAGUCCAACAGCCGGCUGGAUCAUAAACACAACGAUGUUAUCGUGAUAGAUUAACGUCGACUAGAGUUUAUAGUCUCCUCUUACUGCAGUCUGUGUAUUUCAGUGUUGUAUUGUCACAUUUCCUGUCCUUCCUUAAUCAGUGUGGAGUGAAUUCUGUGUUUCACUGUUCUGUUUACUGUCUUUUAAUAACAGUUAUUAAACGUUAAACAAUCGAA